AUCAGGCAAGCCACUGCCAUCCGCAUCAGAUUUCUUGCGCCAAGAAGGACGGGGGAGCGCACUGCACACUACACUACUGCGAGUGAGCGCGACAGCAGAGCACAGGGUGAAGGAGCUGUACCGAGACGACAAGCGACGCGACGCGAAACAAAGCCGCCAAGUUGAGACGCAACUAUGGAGAGAGCGAUGUUGGGACGGUUCGGGAUUUGCGGCACCUUGCUCGUUGUAGCGCUGCAAGUAUGUCUGGCUUCAGUCACGGUCAAGGUGACUCCAGAGGUGGAAGUGAUUAAAGGAGAGACUGUCAAACUUCCUUGCAGCUACACCUCCUCUGCACCGGCCUCUGCUGUUGUGGUCCAGUGGUUGAUUGAGGAUUCAGGUGCAAGAAAACAAAUUGCUUUCAAGUCUCCACAAGGUAUUGGUGUUGAUCCAGGCACAACAAUGACAGAUCGUCUAACCAUGGAAAACGACCUGUCCCUCACCAUCUCUCCAGUCAUGGUGGAAGAUGAGCGAAUCUACAUCUGCCAAGUGUCUGCCGGAGCUGUAGGGUUCUCUGAAGAUAAGACCCAGGUCAAGGUUUUCUUUGCUCCGGAGAAGCCAACGAUCACAGGAAAUAAUCAGGCUAUUACUGUCACUCCCGAAACUGGCUCCUCCUCGGAGGUGGGCAAGUGCAUCAGUAGGAAUGCUCACCCUCAGCCUCGUAUUAUUUGGUUUAAAGAUGCCACUCCUCUGCCUGAAGUAAAGGACCUGAAGGAAAAAACAUAUAUGAUACCUAGUGUGGUGAAGGAAGCCUCAGGCCUGUACACCAUGACCAGCACGCUGUUCAUGCAGCCGGUUAAAGCUGAUGCUAAAUCUGUCUUCCACUGCACGGUGGAGUACAGCAUGCCAAACAACCAGAUCAAACAGGAGAGCUCCGAAAAGUUCAGCCUCUCGCUGCUCUAUUCAACAGAAACCGUGUUCUUCAAACUGAAGAAUCAGGGGCCAGUCAAAGAGGGGGAUGAUGUGCUGAUGGAGUGUGAGACUGACGGAAACCCUCAGCCAGAGUUUGAAUUUUAUAAAGGGGACAAACAACUGGGAGGAUUGAAAGGAACGCUAACAGUGAAGAAUGUCACUCGAAUGGAUGCUGGAAUCUAUAAGUGUGAAGCUCUGGAUUUUGAUGCUGAAGAGGGUGUUGAGCUUACCAAAACUCUUAGCUUAAAUGUUCACUAUCUUGACCCCGUGGCAGUGACUCCAGAAGGCCCAUUGGUUGCUGCUAAAGGAGAUGCUGUGGAGCUUCAGUGUAAGACCAAGUCCUCUGAUGAAUACACCCUGCAGUGGAAAAAGGACUCAAAGGAGCUGUCGCAGACGGGUGUGUUGACCCUCCAGUCAGUGACUCUGGCUGACGCUGGCGUGUAUUUAUGUGUCGGAGCUGUACCUUCAGUGCCAGGUCUCCGAAAAAAAGCCAAUGUCACCCUUACCGUCACAGGUGCACCUGAGAUUGCUGCACCACUGAAUGGUUUUGUUGAGAAGGAAGGAGGGCUGGUCACUCUCAACUGCUCUGCUCUCGGUCAUCCUGCUCCACAGUUCACCUGGAAACCUUCUGGCAAAGAGUCAGUGAACGUAGUGGGGAAUAAGGUUAUCAGCACAGUCACUCUUGAGGCCUCGGCGGCAGUUCUGAAGGAUGGUGUGAUUUGUGAAGCAUACAACAAGCAUGGGAGAGACAGCAAGAACUUCAAGGUGUCCAUCAAAUCAGAUCCAGACAAAUCAUCAAAUCCCAAUACUGCUAACCGAGGAAACCCAGUAUUUAAAACAGCGGAUAAACAGCAGGGAGGUUCAAGCGCGGUCGUGAUUGCCGUGGUAGUGUGCGUUCUACUGCUUCUCGUCCUGGUGGCUCUGCUCUUCUUCCUUAGUAAGAAGGGCAAGCUGAGCUGUGGGAAAAAGGACAAGAAGGAUGUGGCAUCUGGGGAGGUGAAAGGUGGUAUUGUGGUGGAGAUGAAGUCCAAUGAGAAAGGCAAUGAAGAGGCUGGUCUGCUUAAGAAACCAAAUGCAGAACAGUGAUAAAAAACGAAGAAGAAGAGAUACAAGUAAGAACAAGAUCUCCAGAGACGUAGGGGAUGUUAGUGAAUUAAGAGUGCUCUGAUGGAGGAGAAGAGAGGAGAUGGAGGAAAGAGAAGAUGAAUUCAUUUUAGCUGUACAGUUUUCUUUUUUGAAAGAUUGUGGGAGGGGCUAUGUUGGUGAACAUAGGGUGGGUUUCAGUUUAGAAGUGGGAGGGGCAAUAAAUGUAAAUUUGGCAUUAUUUUGAUAAGGUUACAUACUGUGUCCUGAUUGUGUAAUCAAGCCAAUCUUUGUAGUACAACUCUAUUAAAUAGAGCGCAGCUUAAUGCAGAGUUCUUCUACCCAAAACAAAGCAGAAAAAUCACUGUGGAAACUGGAUGUUGCUCUUCAUGCUGUGCUGCACCCUGGUUAUGUUGUUUAAAUAGUGCAGUACAGCCUUUUUUGCAUUACAAACUGCACUGUGUACAUUUUUGAUUGUGAACUGCACACGUGCCAUUACCCUGAUUAGUCAACCCUACAGACCACUUUAUCCUUUUCCAUGAUCUGCAUGGAGCAUAUGGCUGUGCCAUUAAACACGCUGUCCAGCUGUUCCUUUCAACGCCUUAGAUAUUUUAGACCAUGCUUGCUUGUCCCAGACCUGUAUGUUCUGAGCUAUAACCAAAAGCCAGAGGUGUUGGGAAAGAAAUAGCGUUUGUGAGAAUCCCAUUUAAACCAUAUAUCUGACUGCAUGGACCCAUUCAGCCCAAGUCUGAGAGUUGUAGAGGAGUUACAGAACUAACUCGAUCAUCUCAUUCCUCUGUACUGCACUGAAUUCCAUUCGACAGCCCAAACAUGUUCAAAGACUUUAACCUAACUCUGUAAUUAUCACACAUAGGUUAGUAAAAGGACAGGUCUAAGGUAUUAUAAAAUGCAUCCUAAUGGGAUUAAUCUUUCAUUUUUUUAUAUAUAUAGUCUAAGCUCCACUAUUCUUUUUGGAUUAUUAAAAUACUGAGCAUUAUUGGGAAUCAUCUACUCACUGAGCAGAAAACAUAAUGAACUUUCUGUCCCAAUAUGCUAUUCUGUUUGAAGUUUUUCCAGUACUAUUGAUAUCUCUAAGCUUUUCAUUAUUUAUAUUUAGAGAAACAUAUCAAGUUAAACACUUUCAGCCUUUUCUUAAAGCUUAAAAGUUUUUGCUCUGUUUAGUUAUGUGAAACCCCACGGCUUUAUACAUUCAUAAUUCAUACACCAACGAAUUCUAUCAUCAUUUACUCAUCCUCAUCAUCGUUCCAAACCUAGAUGGCUUACUUUCUCCUGCUGAACACAAAUUAAGAUAUUUUGAACUGCUUUUGUACACAAUGAAAGUCUAUGGAGUACAAAACCUAACUAGAUCCCAUUGAUUUUCAUUAUAAAAUAAAAACACUGAGAAUGACAUAAGGGUGAGUAAAUUGUGACAUACCGGUAAUUUUCCUUUUUGGGAGAACUAUCACUGUUAAAUUCUGAGAGCAAGGAGAUAAACAUGAAAACUUGGUAAAAGUCGAGGGGCAGGGGCAGAACUAUGAAACUGUUGUCACACAGUGGUCAUCUUUUUUGUUAUUUAUCAAUACUGUUGCCGCUUUCACUUUGUUUUUUGUUUUUUAAACCAAACAUAUGAGUGAACAUGGGGUGUAAAAAUGAUUUCUUUAAGCUUGUAUAUGACAUUACAGGUUUCUGUGUUUUGCAUAUCUAUGUAGUCUGUAUCUUUCUCAGUAAAAGCACACUGUUGUUCAGGUGGCACAGCUGGAACAUUCUAGAAUCAGUAUGUUGUUGGAAAACCCUGUCAUUUUUCCCUAAGCCCUACUGUUAAACAAAGCUCUGAGCCUUGUUAUUUGCUUCAAAUAACAGAUUCACAAUCUGCUGUUCUUAGAGUCGGGUCCUCUGCAUGUCAGAGCAACACCCAGGGACAGUUUUUACGCAAUUUCUGAAUAUGGUCACACACACUUAAACAGUAAAGUGCUUCUCUGUACCAACAAAACAGUGAUUCUAGAGUCUCUAAGCAGCAGGUUUGGUUGGAUGAGGGUAAGAAGAGGAGAAAAGAGAUGGAUAGAGAGUGGGAGAGGGCUUGGUUUGAAUAUAACAUUAUACUUUUUUAUCUACUGAGUCUUUGUGUGUAGUUGAGAGUAUCUUAAUGAAUCAGUAUGUAUUAAUUGUCCAGUAGACACAUGGAACAUGAGCUAAAAUAUCGCUGAAAAUCUCAAACACUGGAAAAUGUAUAUGGUGGCCCGUUUAUGAAGGCCUCUUGUUUUAGACUCCUCACAGAAUAUUUUGUACUUUUAUCUUGAUGCUCUUUUUUACAUUUACUGAUUUCAUUUUGCAAAAUGUAGUCAUAUGUUCUGUCAAUGUAAUGUGUGAUUUAUAGUUAUGGUCAACAUUUGCAUACAAGUUAUUUGAACGCCCAUUUUCUAAAACAAUGAAUUACAAAAAAAAAAAAAAAAAAAAAAAGGUUUUCUUAAGGAUACGCAUCUUAACUACUGAAUGAUUUAGCAGUUUUGCUAGUUUUGCAAGAAAUAAGAGAGCUGUUUUGAAUAAGAUGUCAUACUUUAUGGAUGUCUGCAAUGGUUUGUGCCCUCCAGGUAUACUGUAUAUUUGUGGUACGCAUUUGUGAACUUUGUAGCUUGUCUUCUUCUGAUUGGAACUGUGUAGAGUUUAUACUGUCAAGCAACAACAACAACAACUACAACAAAUCCCAAA